GACGUUCUUACACACAAGUUGUAGGAAUUUUUCUCAAAUAACUCCUCAAACUAGUACUACUACGUCCAACACCUCCUCAGAACUACUACAUCAAAGAUGUUGGGCCUCUCUCUCUUCGGUCAUGGAUUCACUUUUCUCGAGAUAAUAACUUUGCUUUUGGCGGCCAGGGGUACCACGGGUCUAGGCACCAGGAGCAGCGGAAAAGCAGGGCCACGAGAUGGCGAUGGAGUCCUGAUCGAAGCCGCAAGUAUUAAGGCUAGACCAGAGCAGACGAAUCAAUCAUCUUUGACUGCGUCCUCUUCUUUGAAGUAUCUAUUGUUUUCCUUACUAGAUACUAACACCUACGGCUUAAUAAAUGCUUACUCAUAGAUACAUACUGAUACUGCAAAAGAUGCAGGAGGAGCCCAAGAAUGAUGAACUAUUGAGCGCGCCAAUAGAAGCAACUACAAGCAGGAAGGGGCCUCAACAAAGGUGAUGACAUCUUCCUCGUCAACACCUACGGCAAGAACAAGAUCGGAUAACUGUUAUUCCUGCUGCUCUCCCGCACUCCUUGCUUGCAGCACAGGCCGUCCCCGCAGUAUGAGAAGGAACCGCGAUCAGGAGCGCCACGUCGAUGCUAGAACUACCAUCGUGGGUGGCAAGAGUACUACUGCUACGCUUCUGGACGAAGCUCCAAAAGGACACGACGAAAAAGCUUUACGCUUUAAUACGCAAGAGACGAGCACGACUCACCUACCUAUAAUUCCGCGAAGAACAACGAAUCUCUUGGGUGCAGCAAGCCAGACAGGGCCAUCGCCGGAAACCUCAGCACCACGACUGAUACAUGAGCAUCCUGACGGUUCUCACUCUCAGAGUCAACAACAGAACCACAUGAAUUACUAUUCUCCGCAGCAUGGUUUUGGUGGAAGUAGUCACGACACUGUCGCUCCGCCAUAUCCGGCACGCCCUACACAGGCACAUUGCUCCAUCUCACAGCCUUCAGCUUAUGAUAAUGGUCAUGCAUUGCAGUGCAACUACAAGCCUUGCACUCCCUUUGAAAUGCGCAGGUAUUUGCAGCAACUACGACGCCAGAACUCAGUUGCGGUUCGCCAUACACGCGAACGGGAAGCACACCACGAACGAGAAUUGUCCAGUAUUAUGAAAGGACUUUUGUUGUGUUUGUACUUUCUUAAGGUCCCCUUCGUCCCUUGUCAAGUUGAUGUAAAUUAGUCGCGCCCUAUUUUUUUUAAAAAUAGCAUUCUUGAUGACGAACAUGAUCUGAAUCACGUUUACGCGAACGCCAGUUUUUUUGCUGUAGUGAUACCCGCCGCAACUGACCACUUGAUUUUUUCUUUGAUUCCUUCAUCUUCGAAUUCUUGUUCUUCUUUCUUCUAAUGCUCCCCUUGCAAGAAUGGAACAAAAUGAAGAUGAAAGCGCAAAUAUCGUCCACGAUGGAUCGCAGAGUAGAACAAUACGGCUGAUUCGUAAUCUUUUCGCCACUCGCGGCAGAGCAAGGCUGAUGAACGCUAACUACACUAGUACAGCUGCAGUUGGAGGGCAUCCUCAACUUGUUGGUACGACGACCACCUCCUAUAAUGACCACAGAACAAGAAUAGGAGAAACAAGGACCGGACCUAGAGGUGCAUGGCAACGGUCAACAACGCUUGUGGCGCGAGCAGGUGGAGUUUCUUCUACGGAAAACCUUCAUAAAAGAACUAGGACUACUACUUCAAUGGCUUCAGCUUCUUCUCCUUCUUGUUGUACAUCGUCGGGUUGUACUACGCCACGAGCGCAACUGCUGCGUAGCAGUUUCGGAUCGCCUCAACGUGAGCCACUUGACGACCAGCACAGAAGAAAAUGGACGAGAAUACUAAACUGUCUCUGCCGGGCACAGGGCAACUAAGAGCUUGAGACAUCUCCAUUUCUACAUCUACUCUUUCUGCAUACAAACUAAAAACGGUAGAAAUUAUAGUACCAUAGAGUGCAGUGUUGAAAUUUUUGAACAUUUGAUGAACUUGAUGUAGAACAAGAUCUUCGUGAUCCAUGGACGUGAGUGAACAAUAAUACAGAACAAAUAAAUCUAGUGUCUGUAGAGUUGUGCGGCUUCAGCUUCUUGUAUGUGUAAUCGCUUUUAUGUCAUACAACUUUCUGCUUUAUCUACUACCUAGAUCUUCUGCUUUCUCUGCUAGAUCUAGUCCAGCAGCACACACGUUACUUUGAAAUUUUUGAUUUUGUUUUGAAUAAUCAGAGAAUAUAGAAGAAAUAGACAGCAGUUGUGUAAAAACAAAAAGAUCACGGUAUAACCGUCUUAAUCACGAGUGGUCUCUUCGUUGAAAUUUUGACAAGGCUGAACAUUAACAUACUAAAGAAAAAUAGAAACCUCUACAGUCUGUGAAAAUAUUGAUGAAAUUGUGUAUAUAGAUAGAUCUUUUUGUACUUGUUUUACAUGAAGAAAAUUAUAGAGACGGUCUGACCGUGUACUACAUGAAAAUACUUAUAGAGCAGACCGACAAGGAGAACCACCACUUUUUUAAUGAGUUGUUUGAUUGGAGCAAACUACAACUAACCAUUGCAAC